CUACAAUUUGUGGUUACAGCCUUACACGUCAGAAAAGAAAAAAAAAAGUUUGCAGAAUGUCCCACACCGAAAAAAAAAAUCCGAAACCCAGAGAAAAAAACCUGCGAGUGGGCUUGGCGGAUGGGAUUAGUAAGGCUUCGCCAGAGCUGCGGCUCUCCCUCCCACUCCGCCAGCCUCCGGGAGAGGAGCCGCGCCCGGCCCCUGCCCGGCCCCCGGCCCCAUGGACCUCCGAGCAGGGGACUCGUGGGGGAUGCUGGCUUGUCUGUGCACCGUGCUCUGGCACCUCCCGGCGGUUCCGGCCCUCAACCGCACAGGGGAUCCGGGGCCCGGCCCCUCCAUCCAGAAGACCUAUGACCUCACUCGCUACCUGGAGCACCAGCUCCGCAGCCUGGCGGGCACCUAUCUGAACUACCUGGGCCCCCCCUUCAACGAGCCCGACUUCAACCCACCCCGGCUGAGCGCCGAGGCCCUCCCCAGCGCCACGGUGAACCUGGACGUGUGGCGGAGCCUCAACGACCGCCUGCGGCUGGCCCAGAACUACCAGGCCUACAGCCACCUGCUCUGCUACCUGCGGGGCCUGGACCGCCACGCGGCCACGGCCGAGCUCCGGCGCAGCCUGGGCCACUUCUGCACCAGCCUGCAGGGCCUGCUGGGCAGCAUCGCUGGGGUCAUGGCCGCCCUGGGCUACCCGCUGCCCCCCCAGGGGGCCGAGCCCGCCUGGGCCCCCGGCCCUUCCCACAGUGACUUCCUCCAGAAGAUGGAUGACUUCUGGCUGCUGAAGGAGCUGCAGACCUGGCUCUGGCGCUCGGCCAAAGACUUCAACCGGCUCAAGAAGAAGAUGCAGCCCUCGGUGCCAGCGGUCACUCUGCGCCUGGAGGUCCCCGCUUCUGACCUCUGACCUCCGACCUCCCUUCUCCGCCUUCACAGUGAGCUUCCCGCCCUCCUAGGGAGGAGCCCCCCCAUUCUCACAGAAAGUGAUGCAAUAAAGCCCCCCCUCAGGGAGCCCGGGGCAAGGCGGGGGAGUGGACAGUGCUCGGGCUCCGGGCUCCCACCAUCCCAGCGGGCUGCGGCCAUCGGCGCAGUCAGACAAGGAAAGGGGGGGGGGGUCACUGCGCAAAGUGCCUUAUGGGGGCAAGCCUCCUGACCGUCCCUUCUCCCAUCUCCUCACCUUAAGCCA